AUGUUUAAGUCUGUUGUCUAUUCUGUUUUAGCCGCUGCUUUAGUUAAUGCAGGUACCAUUCCGCUAGGAAAAUUGGCCGACGUUGCCAAGAUCGGUACCCAAGAGGAUAUCUUCCCAUUUUUGGGUGGUGCCGGGCCAUAUUUCUCUUUCCCUGGUGAUUAUGGUAUUUCUCGUGACUUGCCUGAAGGUUGUGAAAUGAAGCAACUACAUAUGCUUGCCAGACACGGUGAAAGAUACCCUACCUACAGUAAGGGCGCUACCAUCACGAAAACAUGGUAUAAGUUGAGCAACUACACUCGCCAAUUCAACGGCUCAUUGUCUUUCUUGAAUGACGACUACGAAUUUUUCAUCCGUGACAACGAUGAUUUGGAAAUGGAAACCACAAUGGCCAACUCAAAUGACGUUCUGAACCCAUAUACUGGUGAAAUGGAUGCUAAGAGACAUGCUCGUGAAUUCUUGGCACAGUACGGUUACAUGUUCGAAAACCAAACUAGUUUUCCCAUUUUUGCCGCUAGUUCUGAAAGAGUUCACGACACCGCUCAAUAUUUCAUUGACGGUUUAGGUGAUCAAUUCAAUAUCUCCUUGCAAACUGUUAGCGAAGCGAUGUCUGCCGGUGCCAACACCUUGAGCGCUGGUAAUGCAUGCCCAGGUUGGGACGAAGAUGCCAACGAUGACAUUUUGGACAAAUAUGACACCACCUAUUUGGGCGAUAUUGCCAAGAGAUUGAAUAAAGAAAACAAGGGUUUGAAUUUGACUUCAUCCGAUGCCAACACUCUGUUUGCGUGGUGUGCAUACGAAUUGAACGCUAGAGGUUACAGUGAUGUCUGCGAUAUCUUUACCAGAGACGAAUUGGUCCAUUACUCUUAUGGUCAGGAUCUGACUUCAUUCUACCAGGAUGGACCAGGUUAUGAUAUGAUUAGAUCCGUCGGUGCUAACUUGUUUAACGCUACUUUGAAAUUGUUAAAGCAAAGUGAAAUUCAAGACCAAAAGGUUUGGUUGAGUUUCACCCACGAUACCGACAUCUUGAACUAUUUGACCACUAUUGGUAUAAUUGACGACAAGAACAAUUUGACCGCUGACUACGUUCCAUUCAUGGACAACACUUUCCACAAGUCUUGGUAUGUUCCUCAAGGUGCCCGUGUUUACACCGAAAAGUUCCAAUGUUCUAACAGUACCUACGUCAGAUACGCCAUCAACGACGCCGUCGUGCCAAUUGAAACCUGUUCCACUGGUCCAGGAUUCUCUUGUGAGGUUAACGACUUCUACGACUACGCUGAAAAGAGAGUGGCCGGUACUGACUUCCUAAAGGUUUGUAACGUCAGUAGCGUCAGUAACGUCACCGAAUUGACCUUCUACUGGGACUGGCAUACCACUCACUACAAUGACACUUUAUUAAAACAAUAG